AUGAGUGCCAUCAUUCCUUUGAAAGUCUACGAGAUUUUAAAAGAAGCAGUACCUGGAAACAUUGAAAAUUUUCAGUACGUUCUUCGUGUCCUUGCGUUGCGAGACAAGAAUACCGGCGGUCAUCUUGACUUUGUAGUGAAACAGGCUAAUCCUGAUGUAAACGCCAGAGAGUUUCAUCCAGUUCGAGAAGCUUUCCUUAACGAAAUUUACUUUUAUACAAAACUGUGGCCGGAGUUUCAGAAACUCCAAGAGAAAAUCCCUCCCAAGCUUCGUAUCAACCAUCUACCGAAAUGUUUAGCUGCGACUCCUCAAGAAAACUUUGAACGAAUUGUACUGGAAAAUUUGUGUUUUCAGAAUUUUGUGAUACAUGACAGGAAAAAGCCUUUCCAUAAAGACACUUUUGAAUAUAUUUUUAAGCUGUAUGGCAGACUCCAUGCCAUAUCUUUCGCGUACAAAGCUUUGCAUCCAGAAAAAUUUUCCGAAUUGUCUAAUGGUGUGAUAGAUGUAUGGAGUAUAUACCUCAGCAAAUCACUCUUUCAUGAUGCCAUUAGAAUUGCACACGAGCAAUCCUUAAAGUCUCUUCAACCUGGAGUAGACGAUGCAGUUAUUGAAAAAUACAGGCAUUAUAUUAAGAACGGUGUGGAGCUGGCUCAAAGGAGUUUGAUCAACAGUACUUACACUUGCAUCAUUCACGGUGAUUGCUGGAGCAACAAUAUGAUGUUCAAAUAUGAUGAAUCUGGAAAAUUAACCGACCUUAGGCUUUUGGACUUUCAAAAUGUGAGGCUAGGCUCCCCCAUCAGUGAUCUUUCUUACUGUUUGUAUUCUGGAGGUACCAAGGAAACCUUUGACGACUUGGACUGUCUUCUUCAAAUUUACCAUGACAGUUUCUCAGAAAAUCUCAGAGCAUUUGGUUGUGAUUCAAACGAAGUGUAUCCUUUGGAAGACUAAAGAAAGAUUGGAAGGUGCAUG